AUGUCGGCCAACGUGUCGGUGUCGGGCCCUGCUGGUGGGGGCCUUGACGGCGUCAACGCUACCGUCCACGGCAAUGGCACGGAUGAUGUUGCCUCGCCUCCGCUCACGGCCCUCGGCCUCCUCCAGAACGCCGACUUCGUCAUGCUCGAGCUCAAGCUCUUGGUCGGCGCCAUGGGCAUCAUCUACCUCGGUGCUCACGGUGCGCUGCGCCGUCCGCCGUCCGCGUCGCCCAGCAAACCCAAGGAGGAAGGCGAAGAUGACGAGGACGAGGACGACCGCUUCUCGCAAGGCUUGGAGCUCACCGACGCCAUCAUGUUCCCCCUCAUGGCCGGCGCCAUCCUCGCCGGCCUGUACUAUCUCAUCCAGUGGCUCAAGGACCCCGCCAUCCUCAACAAGAUCCUCCGCUGGUACAUGUCCACGGUGUCCAUCGCGAGCCUGCUGUCCCUCUACGCCCACGGCAUGGAGGUCGCCACCUCGUUCGUCUUCCCGCGCUACUGGCGCGGACCCGACGGCGCACUGCGCAAGGUCGACCAGAAGGCGAGGCUCGUCGCCCGCUGCGACGAGGUCGGAAACGUGGUCGAGGGCGCGCCCCCAGAGUCGGGCCUGUUUCCUCGACUGCCCGUCGUUCGAGCCUUGGAGGGCCGGGUCAAGUCGGCCGCGUGGGACCUUCGUGCCCUCCUGACGAGGCGUUGGGUUUUCAAGCUCUUCAUCCACGGCCUCGUCGGUGAGCACAAGGCGAGGGUCAAGUUUGCUCACAUGAUGGCCUUCCUGCUCGCGACGGCGACCGCGCUCGUCUACUUUUCCACCUCGUCGCCGCUGCUGUCCAACAUGCUCGGCUACGGCAUGUGCUACGGCUCUUUUCUGAUCCUGUCGCCGACGGACUUUUUGAUCGGCUCCCUCGUCCUCGUCGGCCUUUUCUUCUACGACAUUUACAUGGUCUUCUUCACCCCGUACAUGGUCACCGUCGCCACCACCCUCGACGUACCCAUCAAGCUCGCGUUCGAAGCAGGCGCGCGGAAGAGCAUCCUUGGCUUGGGAGACAUCGUCAUCCCCGGCAUGGUCAUCGGCUGGGCGCUGCGGUUGGACCUCUGGAUCCACUACCUCCGGAGGGUCAAGUACGAGCCUACGGACCUCAAGAUUCUCGAAAAGGACGUCUCGUCGGGUCGGCUGACGACGCGGAGCGAGAUGAAGCACAGGGAAGUGAAGGCGCCGUACGUCAAUGCCAAAGCCAAGUGGGGAGAGAAGUUCUGGACGCGUGGUCGCCUGUUCCUCUCACGGCCCGCGAGCGUCCCCCUCGACCUGGCGGCAACGGUCUUCCCCAAAACGUACUUUUACGCCUCGAUGGCAGGGUACCUGGCUGGCAUGCUGUGCACGCUGGCCAUGCUUGUCGUCUUCAAUCAGGGGCAGCCCGCACUGCUCUACCUGGUGCCCGGCGUGCUCGGCUCGCUCGUGGUGACGGCGCUCGUGCGCGGUGAGAUGAAGGACAUGUGGACCUACACCGAAGACGGCAGCCUCGACACGGUGGACGUGGUCGUCGACGUCGACGCCGAGGGCAGGGCCAUCAGGACGAUUGGCAAGCUGGAGAAUGGCGUCGUCGACACGACCAAGGGCAAGGACGGGGCGAAGGAAGACGACGAGGCCGACAAGACCGAGGCCGACAAGACCGAGGCCGUCAAAGCCGAGGCCGACAAAGCGGGGCGGGAUGCGACGAGGAAGGGCGCUAAAGGGAAGAAGAACCAUGCAGUCUUCUUGCUUUCUCUCGAGGCACCCUCCGAUGACGACGAGUAUGAGUAG